AUGUCUGGUGAUCAGCCUACUCCCUCCACACCUCAGGUACUCUGGGCUCAGAGGAAGGACAUUUUAUACGUCACUAUCUCCCUAGGAGAUGUAAAAGACAAGGUGAUGGUUGUAAAGGACGGUUCGCUGCAUUUCAGGGAGUUUUACAGUCAGGUGGAUCCUGAGAGUGUGAGGCAAGCCAACACGUGCAGAGAGAUAUUCCUCGUAAUUAAGAAGAAGGAAUCUGGUUUCUGGCCACGUUUGUUGUCUACUUCUGCGAAACAACCUUGGCUACGUGUUGAUUUCAAUCGCUGGAAAGAUGAGGAUGAAUCGGAGCCCGAAUUCGGCGGUAUGGACGGUGACUUUUCCCGUCUACUUUCUGGUAUGUCCGACAACGAUGUCCCCGACCCGGGCAUGGAUGAUUUCGACUCCGAUGACGAUGAUCUUCCAGACCUGGAUCCACCUCCUAAAACUCUCGAUGAAGAUGCUGUUGCCGUGGGCUACUCCGCAUAG